UCCCCUACAUCACUCCUUGAGGUGCGACCUAGUUUCACUCGCUUUCAAAUCAGCUAUGUCAGGUGACGUCAAACACACAGGCGGAUGUCACUGUGGAGCCGUCAGGUUCGAAGUCAUGGCACCCAAGUCAGUUCACGUCUAUGACUGCAACUGCUCUAUCUGUGCUAAGAAACAGAACAGACAUUUCAUUGUUCCGGAAUCAAAGUUCAAGCUUCUGCAGGGUGCAGAGAGUAUAACGACGUACACAUUUAACACUCACCAAGCCAAACAUAUGUUCUGUAGAGUGUGCGGGGUCCAAAGCUUCUACAAACCCAGGUCGAAUCCGGACGGCUAUGGUGUGUGUCCACAUUGUAUUGACGAAGGUACGAUGGAGUCCGUUGUCGUGGAGACGUUUGAUGGGCAGAAUUGGGAGUCCCACAUCGCCACUACUGACAUCAAGAAGUGGUCGGAACAGACAAACGCUCCAAAGCAGUAGAAUCAUCCUAAAUCAGACGCCAUGAAGCACCAUCCAAAGUGAUAUAAUAAAUAUAGCAAUAUAGGUCCCUUAGGAACCGUUGUCGUUCUAAAUAAAGACAUUUGAAAUAUGCACUUCUUUGUUAUGUGA